GGAAUUUAAGGUAAGGAGGGAGAUAAUUAGUGAUCUUGUAAUCGCAUAGAUAACUGAAUAUAAAGGAGGGGGAAGGAGAGUAGAUUAGCUUAAACUGUUCUUGCUUUUUAAUACACAGCUAUGUUUCAUUCUUGCUAUCCGUUCAAGAAUGAAGGGAACCUCUUUGCUUUCGUCUUAUUCGUGUCUGAACAGUGACAAUCAAUAGUUUGUUAUAAAAUUGCUGCGAAAUUCGAAGAUACCUAUCCAAUAUUGCUGGCAGCUCCAUAGGCCUUCUUUAACACCUACCUUGUUGGAUAAUAGCUUCAAAGUAAAGGCAUUCGAUAUUCCUUCUUAUAAUUUAAAGUCUAUGCUCGUGUUCAUCUGUGAAAUGCUCACAGGCAGUCACUGAUUGUACGUUUAAUCAUGUAAGAUUGUUUUGCUUCAGAAAUCAGGGUUGAGAUGCAGAUUGACUAAAAAUGGGUCUGGGAAAUCUGAAGCAAUUGGCGCCUUUUAUCAAAGAAGCAUUUCAACACACACUACUCGUGGCCAAAUUCCUAUGUGGUAUUCAUGUCACCAACACCUACCUCUGCACAUUCGCUCUUACUCAAGGUCCAAGCAUGCUUCCAACAUUUAGUCUGACUGGAGAUCUCAUUUUGGCUGAAAAGCUUUCGACUCGGUUUGAAAAAAUGCAACAGGGUGAUGUGGUGCUAGUGCGGAGCCCCGAAAACCCGAGAAAGAUUGUGGUCAAGAGACUGAUGGGUAUGGGUGGAGAUACUGUUAAAUAUGCUGCGGGUCCCGGAAAUAAUGACAAAAAAGAUACUAUUGUGGUACCAGAUGGACAUGUUUGGAUUGAAGGGGAUAACAAAUUUGACACCAAUGAUUCAAAGAAAUUUGGACCAGUUCCAUAUGGACUUGUACAGGGCAGAGUCUUUUGGAUUGUGUGGCCUCCUGAAAAUUUUGGAUCAGUAGGAAGAGAAGUACGAUAAUUCAACCUUCAAGAUUUGGAGAAUUCUCUUUACAAGCAUGAUUGUCAAACAAUUUAUUGAAGAUGAAAAUUUAUGGGCUGUGUUAUUGCUGAAUUUCAAGUGGAAGGACAAGAUGCCAGAAUUGCUAAUAUUCGGUUAAUGCAUUUCUUAUGCUCCUAAGUAAGGCUGCACGGUUUGCAUCAUUCAUUCUUGAAGUGGCACUGCUAAAGCAUAAGCCAAGGUUCUUGCCCGAUGGAAAGCACGCAUAAAGAAUGCUACUUAAAUUAACCUUCAUUUUUCACUUCACCAAAAUUGUCUCAAAACUUCUUUAACAAUGAAAGCUUCUGUUCUAUUACUUAAAUGAUACUAUUUAUCAUUCUUCUACUA